AUGCAGCUGGCUGAUUUGUUUUGCUACGCCACACUACUGAUAACAUUGACCCCUGCGUUGGUGCAUAGUGAAAAUGAAAAUAAUGAACUUCUAGACUCUACAAAACACAGUUUAAAAAAACGUGAAACUAUAGUCCUUUACGAUAAUUUUCCAUCAGAGCCCAUUUACAAAACUAAGCCUAGGGUGACAUAUCGUAGAAUAUCAUAUCAUAGGCCCAGCCCUAAACCUAAAUACGGACCACCCAGGACGAAAUAUCGAUCAGCGAAACCGCCAAGGAGACCAAUAAAGAAAUACAAGAAAACUGUCCCAAAAUAUGGGCCUCCAAGUCGAAAGAAGCGCCCUGUAAAACCGAGGUAUGGCCCUCCGAAAAACAGUAAUCCAGUGUAUAGCCCACCGAAAAAACCGUACCCAGAUACGCAUACAUACAUUUUGUCGGAACCAGCAGGUUUUGGUGAACCUCCUCAAGAUUAUUAUUCAGACUACAGCAGUCCAAAGCAGUCGUUUGCGGAACCACCUUUAGACUUUCAUACGCCGUCGCGUCCAUUUGAUUUUUAUCAACUAUCCCAAGAUUCCAAUCCGACCAGCUUCGACAGUGAGCCCAGUUUCCAUCAUGAAUUCAAAAACUGGAAUCCCCAUCAAAGUGGUUUCAAUUUUGACACUACUUAUGAGUUUACGAAUCCAGAGCCAUCUUUUAAAGAACGUGAUUUCGAACCGUCGUCGCCGGAUGAUGAAAUCAACACCUACUUAGAACAAUACAAGUAUAGAGAACUUCCUACAGACGAAGAACCUAAUUUAUAUGAAAGGAAACGACGGCCUUACUAUAUCGAUAACAUUAUUAUAACAAAGCCCCAAAAAACACACAAGAAGACUGAUUCUGAUACUGAAGUUGUUGUUGGAGGCAAAUACGCAGAGCCACCAGCGAGAGUUGUCCAUAAAAGCUAUUCAAAUGAUUAUUCAGAAGACGAUGAAAUUCCAUCAGCUAGCUACGUAGAUCCGGAAGUAGCGGUUUCCGCGACGAUAUCGCCUUAUGUUAAUUAUAAAAAUAGUAAUUUAGCAUUUAGCCCACAGAACUUGAAUGAUGCAUUUAGUAUAGUUGAUAAGAAGUAA